GUUCCUGCAAGAGAGCGAGACGCACUCUGACCAUUUUGUGUUUUCAGCAGAUUCCCUCCGACAACAAAACGUGCCGUGAUUGGUGGUGCCGCAUUGUUCUGCGCCGCCAAACGCAGGUCUGCGUUUCCUUUCGGCCAACAAAACUUUUGCGACUCUCAUAGCCACACUAGGCCCGGAAUAAUCGAACAGUAACGCUGUUUGGCUAUUGGGAAGGAAACAAAGCAGGCUAGUAUGUACAGCUUCAUGGGAGGUGGUUUGUUCUGCGCCGGGGUGGGCAACAUCCUCCUCAUCGUCUCCACAGCAACCGACUAUUGGAUGCAAUACCGCCACUCCAGCAACUACAUGCACCAAGGCCUGUGGCGCUACUGUGUGCCUGGCAAGUGCAUGACACACACCGACAGCAUUGCUUACUGGGACGCCACGCGGGCCUUCAUGAUCUUGUCGCUGUUGGCGUGCUUUAUCGGCAUCGUGAUCGGCGUCAUGGCCUUCAUCCACUACUCCUCUUUUGACGGCUUUGAUAAGACCUUCGCCGCUGGCAUCCUCUUCUUCAUCUCCUGUUUCUUCGUACUGCUGGCCAUGGCGGUGUACACGGGCGUGACGGUCAACUACUACGGCAAACGCUAUGGGAGCUGGCGCUUCUCUUGGUCUUACAUCAUGGGCUGGGUGGCCGUGGUGCUCACCUUCUUCUCAGGAAUCUUCUACAUGUGCGCUUACCGCAUGCACGAAUGCCCACGGAACUCAAACUCGCGCUGACCUCACAGAGACCAACGACGUCAUUUCCUCUUCUUGCCUCGUGAAUAUUCACGAGGAAGCUCAAUAAACCGCUGAGUGCAUCUGACUGCUUUCCAUGUUGUUGUCCUCAAGAAAAAGGCUGUCAGCUGAUGUUGCCUUGGAGUCCCAACGAUCACCAUUGCCGUUGUUAUGAUAUACAGUAUCAAUAAAUAAUGACUGAAGGUUUGUCAAUAUUGUCAUGGUGAGACAAAAUAUUUGCCCUCCCCUUUCAUACCAAAGCAACACUACCAGCAGUUUUUGUAGUUCAUGGUCACACUCCAGGAAUUGAAGGGCUCCACUGUAUAAUUUAAAGUUUGGGGCAUUCAAAUACCAGGGAACUGACUGUUGGCAUGAUGAAGUGCCAGAAAGGUAGCGCGUUGCAUUGUGGGAGUUGCUGGGGAUUGUUAGCAUUUAGGGGGAGAGCAUUGUAUUUUUCGGUGAGAAGGAGAGAAGCGGUGCUACUUUGCGUGGAAAAAUGUGUUUGUCCUCUACAUCAGGGGUCUCCAAACCAGUCCACAUAGGGCCGCAGUAGGAGCAAGAUUUAAUUCCAACAAAACAAGAUAACGCCUGUCCACCAAGCUGGUGUCUUACAAGUGUAAUCAGUUGAUUGCAGACCUCAUUAGUUAAACUUUCUAUAUUCAACCAUUAGGAACAAAAACCAGGACCCAAAGAGGCCCGUGAAGACCGGUUUAGAGACCCCUGCUCUAGCUAUCCAUUUUCAUAGCUUCAUGUUCAUUUAGAAAAAUACAAACGCACUCCCGACUCAGCCUUAAUGCAAACAGCCCAACCACCUGCAACUAAGAGAAUUCAAAUAUGUGACACUAUUAUGCAACCAUUUGGCCAAAUUUCAAAACUGUCCUAUAUGCAUGUGUGAUACAUCAUUGGAAAGCUUAAAAUCGCAAUCUUUCUGAGGUAAGAACAAUUUUGAACAGGAGGGCAUUUUUAAAAUAAUUUCUUUUAAACAGCGAAACCCUAACUGUAAGUGAGAGCAUAAUUAAAGAUGCCAUGAUUUUAAGGAGAUAUCGCAUACUGACCUUGUUUUGAUCCAAAAACUCCAUGUAGCAUGUAUCACCGAGUGUCAAGACACAGCUGUGAAUGGCAACAGCUGGAUUUUUGGGGGAUUUGAUGGCUGAAACAUGGUAGUAUAACAAGGGUCAUGAUGCAAAAAUCGCAGACAUCAAGGAGUGGUCGAGACUUUCUUUUUCAAAUAUUUACCCUUUUAAAUGUUUUUUUUUUC